AUGGAAAACACCAAUCUAGCACAAUGUACAGAAGCUAUAAAUGGCCUUCGUAAUAUUCUACGUACUGUAGAGAGAUUCGAUAUUACAAAUAUAUCAUUACCAUUUCUUUUACUACCUUCAAACAUUGAUUGCUUUUCUGAUCCAUUAUUUGAAGAAAAAGAAAAUGAUUUAUCUAAAAGAGGUGAGUUUGUACUAAAAUGUGCCAAAGGAUUCAUGAUGAAGAAUUCCAGAGUACCAAAACAUAUGACUGUUAAAGAGCAAGAGACGAAGACUGUAUCGUUUUUAUUGCCAAAGGGUGCUA